UACAUAAAGUCUAGAAUUGUCUACAUGAGGUAAAAUAAUAAAAAAACAAAGAAAAAUGCCACCAUCGCACCUGUUCUGUUCAAGGUUCUCUUCUUCUUCUUCUCUAAACCCACAUUACACCUUCAUUUUCCCUUCAACCAUUAAACUCUUCCCAAACCGUAAAAUCCAGACCAUGUCGUUCUCCACUUCAUCCUCUACCUCAUCACCCAAUUCCAACGAAACCAAAUCAGAAACCACAGAGCUCCAAAAACUAAACCAAGUCCUCAAAUACCAUAACCAAACCAAACACUUCUUCACCAAUUACGCAAGAGGACCCCGCGGCCUCGACUGGGCUAACCAACCUAACCCAUUUCGCCGCUACAUACCCGCCCCACUUCUCCCUCUCCUCCACUUCCCAGCUCUUGAUUCUGCUCCUCUAUACCAUUCUGUAUUUAAUUCACUUCCUUGUGCAAAACCCAUUUGUAAAGCUUCCAUUUCUCAGUUCUUUUACGAUUCUCUCGCUCUGUCAGCUUGGAAAACAGCCGGGUUUUCCACUUGGUCACUCCGGGUCAACCCGAGUAGCGGCAAUUUACACCCGACUGAAGCUUAUAUAAUCUCCCCGCCGAUUGAGUCGGUUUCUGAUUCUGCUUUUGUAGCACAUUAUGCUCCGAAAGAACAUUCGUUAGAGCUUAGAGCUAAAAUCCCAUCAGAUUUUUUCCCUAAAUUCUUCCCGGAUAACUCAUUUCUAAUUGGGGUUUCAUCCAUUUUCUGGCGGGAGGCUUGGAAAUACGGCGAGCGGGCGUUUCGGUACUGUAAUCACGACGUCGGCCACGCAAUUGCCGCUAUUUCAAUGGCGGCUGCAGGACUGGGAUGGGAUGUGAAGCUGCUUGAUGGGUUAGGUUAUAAGGAGCUUGAGAGACUAAUGGGGCUUGAAAUGUAUCAGCAUUUUGAGUUACCGGAUAAGCCGGUUAAAGGUAAAAUGCCAGGUAUUGAAUUCGAGCAUCCUGAUUGUUUGCUUCUUGUUUUUCCCAAUGGUGUUAGUGAUUUUAGUGUUAAUUAUAAGGAAUUGAGUGCCGCUAUUGCGGAAUUUAGUAGCUUGCAAUGGAAUGGGAAACCGAAUUCACUAAGUAAAGAGCAUAUAUGUUGGGAUGUAAUUUAUAAAACUGCAGAAGCUGUUAAAAAGCCUUUGAGUUUAGGAGACGAGUUCUUGAUUUAUCCGUUUCAAGGUAGCGGCGUUUGUAGUGAAGGGUCGUAUAAGGGUUUUACCGCUAGGGAGAUUAUUAGGAAGAGGAGGAGCGCAGUGGAUAUGGAUGGAGUUACUGAAAUUGAUCGAGAGAUGUUUUAUCAGAUUUUGUUACACUGUGUUCCUUCGGGUUCUGGAAGUGGAGAAAAGCAUAAGAAGCAGUUGGGGUUGCCGUUUCGGGCUCUGUCAUGGGAUGCUGAGGUGCAUGCUGUUAUAUUUGUUCAUAGAGUCACUGGGCUGCCGAAAGGAUUGUAUUUCUUGGUAAGGAAUGAAGAUCAUUUUAACGAGCUUAAGAAAGUUACUAGCGAUGAAUUUACAUGGGAGAAACCGGAAGGGUGCCCUAGUGAUUUACCAUUAUAUGAACUUGCCAGAAGUAAUUGCGAGCAGAUUUCCAAACAGCUCUCCUGCCAUCAGGACAUUGCAAGUGAUGGCUGCUUCAGCCUUGGUAUGGUGGCUCGAUUUGAGGGUACCUUGCGUGAGAAGGGCGCCUGGAUGUAUCCUCGAUUAUUUUGGGAGACUGGAGUCCUUGGGCAGGUGUUGUACCUUGAAGCUCAUGCAGUUGGCAUCUCCGCAACUGGCAUUGGUUGCUUCUUUGAUGAUCCCGUGCAUGAAAUUCUUGGACUGAGAGGUUCAAACUAUCAGAGUUUGUAUCAUUUCACUGUCGGAGGACCAGUAUUGGACAAACGGAUAAUGAGCUUACCAGCGUAUCCGGGACCGGAUAUCAAUUCAUGAAUCGCUAUUUCAUUAGUUUUCUCUUGACGCCCAUACAGAUACCGCAUAAACAGUUUUGAUUGCCUUUGGAUUCAUAUAUAUACCUGUACAGCUAACACUAAAAAUAGUCUGUUAAUAGUAUAAUUUCUGUUGGCAUCUGAGAUGCUACCUGUUCACGAACUCUAAUCAAGACCAGAUCAUUUUAUU